GGAUCGAACAUUCACCAGUAGCGGCUUCGCCUGAGGGGAGAGCAGCUCCCUGUUUCGUUGUUUUGUGGUGCUAGCAGCACUACACAGAUCGCGGCAAAUUAUGCCAAUUUAAGGUCAGAUGUCGUCGCACCACCUCAGCAGCAAACCAGUGCUACCAGCACCACCACGGCAGCGAUAGCCAGACAGCAGACUUUACCGUUACAAACAUCAGCCCUCAGGGCUGAGGUAAUCUGGUGCCUGAACACCGCAGCCAACCAUCAUUCCUAUAAUUCGAAUGAGGGAAUUGUUCCAAAACAUGUUCACUGACUCCGAUAUAGUCAAAAGUUUUGCGUGUGGCAAGGAUAAAACAGCAUACAUACUUGGGUUCGGCAUUGCUCCACAUUUUAAGACGCUUCUUGUAAAUAGCAUCAAUGAUUCUGGGCCUUAUGUUGUCAUGUUUGACAAGUCUCUGAACCAGUCAGCAAAGAAGAAGCAAAUGGAUAUUCACGUUCGGUUCUGGAAAGAUGACCGCGUGACCUCUUCAUAUUUUGGGUCGCAGUUUCUUGGUCAUGCAAGGGCUGAAGACUUGCUGCAAAGUAUUAAAGAAUGUGUUGCACAACUCAACUCGAGACACCUGCUGUCUGUCCGUAUGGAUGGCCCAAAUGUCAAUUUCAAGUUGCUGAAGCUCCUUCAGAACGAACAUUCAGAGCUUCAUGGGGAUGCACAACUCAUCAGUGUUGGUAGUUGUGGCUUGCACACCCUCCACAAUGCCAUGAAGGCAGGAUUCACAACAUGGCAGGUAGACAAACUGUUGCGAGCGUUGCACUACAUCUUCCACAAUGUUCCUGCCCGUAGAGAAGAUUACACCGCCACCACAGGAUCUUCUACCUUUCCCCGAUCUUUUUGUGGCCACAGAUGGGUUGAAAAUGUCCCUCGUGGCUGAGAGAGCUGUCGAGAUUUGGCCCAUGAUUUCAACAUAUGUUGAUGCAGUUCAGAAGAAAAAGGUGCCAAACCCCAACACAGCGUCAUAUGAUACCAUUUUGGCUGCCCAGGCUGAUGAUUUAAUAAUUCCAAAGCUCCAGUUCUUCUUGUCAGUUGCACGAAGCUUCAGCCCCUUCCUGACCAAGUAUCAGACCGACAAGCCUGUGCUGCCCUUUUUGGCUAAAGAUCUGAAAGAACUCCUGAUGGCUUUACUGCGCCGAUUUGUUAAAAGGGAACUUUUGCAGGACCGAAGCUCACUGCAAAUUAUCACAAUCCAGGUAUCUGAGGAGAAGAACUGGGUCUCUCUUAAAAAUGUGGACAUCGGCCUGGGUGCUGAAUCUGCCAUCAAGGCCCUUCAGAGCAAACCAGGAGGCAAGAUAGGGGAGCUUUCUGUGCUAACCUUCAGGAAAGAAUGUUUGCAGUGCCUUGUUAAUGUGGUCGGGAAAUUGCAGGACAAAUCCCCCCUAAAGUUUCCUAUGGUUAGGCACAUUGCAUGCCUUGAUCCCACCAGAAUCCACCAAGAACCGGAGUGGUGCAUCAAGCAAAUGAAGAGUGUAGUGCAGACAUUCCUUCAGGGAAAGAAAUUGACAGGUGGCAUUCCAGCUGGUGAUGUUAUCAUUCAGCAGUUUAUAUCCUUGACCUCAGUGGAAGGACGAGAUGAACGUUUCCUGGCCUUUAAACCGUUGAAGGACCGCCUUGAUGUGUUUCUUUACACAACUCUCAGCACGCCCUACCCUGACUUUUUUGUUUUGCAAGAGUCUCCUUCUUCUAUCCCAUGGCCAAGCCUCUGUUGAACGAGGAUUUUCAAUUAACAAAGAGGUGGAAACAUGCAAUCUCCAGGAUCGAACGCUGGAAUCACUUCGAUUAGUCUGUGACCGGAUCAGCAGUUGUGGGGGUGUUUUAAAAGUGCCUCUGACAAAGGAGCUCCUUGCCUCUGCCUCAUCUGCAAGAUCUCAGUAUAGACUGUACCUGGAGAACGAAAGAAAAAAGGAGAGUGCUGCACAUGCUCUUCAGAGGAAGGCAUUGGAGGAGGAGCUUUUGGACCUCAGAACCCAGCAUGAGGUACUAAGCCGUGUUUGUGAGUCACUUGAAAAUGACGCGGACAAGUUGGCCGAGCAGGCUGAGGGAAAGGCUGGGUCCAAAAUGGCCGAACUCAUAAUCAAGUCCAACACACUUCGCAGAAGGCAAAAAGAAAAAAAAGAAGAGCUCCGCCAAU